GAACGAAGUAUACUUUCAAUUUUAAGAUAAUUUUAUUGGCAUGGACACUCGAAUCUCUGUUUCAUGCCAUAAAGAGCAGAACUCACUUUUUGCAUGUCUUCCUCUGCCAAUGUUGUGUUUGACUUGCACAAGUUCACGUAAUGAAGGCCGCCUUUUUUAAACCGUUAGUAUAAUUCCAGCGAUUUUUUAGCUUUCUUUUCACCUGCCAUUUCCAUCCCACUCAAAUCUAUGACCUAUCUGAUCCAUCAAAUUCAGAAUUCAUGAAUUAGCGACUUCAAAAACGAAGACGACACGAUUCCACGUCCAAGAAAUUACAGCGAUAAAAUCGGGAAGGAUAGCGAGUGGAGAAGGAUCGUUUGGGAGGAUUCUCCAACCACUUCUUUGUGGCCUCUUAAAACAAGUGGAAGUCAAUGUACAAUGGUAACGUUCCCAAACACUCGUCUCUGUUCAUGAUUGGAUAGUAUAUGGGCGGAGCAGUUCAGUUUGACCCGUUUUUCAUGAAAUUGGCAUUAUUGAAAUCACAAUCAUGAAUCCCCAUACCCGUUUUGAAAUUUGAAUGAUUAUUGGGUCUUAGAAAGGGAUGUCCAAGAUGGUGUUAACUUGAUCGGGACGUACUUUACAAAGAAUUCAGAUUAGAAGAAAAAAUAUAACUGAGGGUUGCAUUGAAGUCCAGCCAUUUCUUGAUGUUCUGUUUGAAGUAUGGGAGACCGUUUUGCUUUACCAGUGGGAUUGAUGCUUACUGAUUCAACCCUUGAAGCGAUUAUACAGAGCAAAAAUCUCUCGCUACCCGCUGCUGUUGAAAAUUUGAGUGAUGACUUUAGUUCCCAUAGGAUUGAUAUUAAUGAUCAAGGGGUAGGAUCAUCACCAAGAACAUUGUUAUUGGUGGAAUGUAGGAUUUGCCAUGACGAAGAUGAAGAUUUGAACAUGGAGAUACCCUGCUCCUGCCGUGGAAGCUUGAAGUAUGUCCACCGGCGAUGUGUGCAGCGAUGGUGUAAUGAGAAGGGAGACACCGUCUGUGAAAUUUGCCACCAGCAAUUUAAGCCGGGAUAUACAGCACCACCGCCUCCUUUAUUUCAUCAUAGUAGGAUUCCAUUGAACUUAAGAGAAAACUGGUAUACUUCUGGUAGAGACCGUCACAUCCCUCCAUACAUUACAUUGGUUUCUACAGAACACAAUUUCACGGACCCGAACAUUCAAGAGCAUUGUGCAUAUACUCCAAGGAGUUUGAUUUGCUGUCGCGUAGUUGUUAUAACGUUCAUGCUGCUUAUGAUCCUACGUCAUGCACUACCGGUUAUCAUCUAUGGGGGCAGGGACUACUCAUUGACACUGUUCAUAUUUUUGGUACUAAGAACUACUGGAAUUCUAUUGCCAAUCUAUGUAAUGGCAAAGGCUGCUUUUGCAUCAGUUAGGAGACGAAGACGGAGACACCCUUCAGAGGAUGGCGAUCAUAACUCUAGUCUUGCCAUGUUAGAAGAAGGAGAUGAAUUAUUACUAUUGCAGCCCUCUCAACAAUCAUAGAUGGUUCAUCUUCAAUGACAAUAUGGAGACUUUUUACUCAUUGUCAUCAGGCUAACACUCACUGCAGAAACCUGGGGACUGGGGUUGAACUUUGCUUCUUUGAAAGCUAAUUCUAGUUCAUAGGAUUCUUAGUAUGACAAUCUCAUCGCACAUGUAUUGGCUUUUAGGGGUUAGUUUAGUGGCGACAGUGAUACCUUCGCUUCAAACCAUUCUCUAACUAGGUCUUGAUUAAUCUCCUGUACAAGCUAACAUGUUCUUCUUGGCCAAGGAAUUAUAUACUCCGUAUAACAUAAUCCUAAUUACGGGUGAAGGGAUAGGUAAUAGGCUAAUAUAAUUAGGAAUCUACCUAAUAGAUAUUUAGGAAUCUGCCUAAUAUCUAUUUAGGAAUACUUUGUAUUUUGGCAACUCUUCUAUUAUAAAUAUAUGACUCCUAUCGGAGUACACCUUUCCCGAUUAUUUCACAUGGUAUCAAGAGCUCUAGGUUUGUAGAUACAAUUUUUUUCUUUUUUCGGUUCCCAUGAACCUUAUUAUAGCCGCCGCCGCCUCGGGGUCGACUGCCGCCACAUUUACGGUUGUCUCCGAUCCUUUGAAGAUGAGCGCGGCUAAUAUGGCGCAGAUCACCUCCUUCGCGUCGCUGAACACGGUGCUUGCUUCCAGCAUGCCGUUGAGUUCGCCGCCUGCUGCUGCCUAUGUCCGCGCAGCCCACCUUCUCUGCGUCGCUGACCACGGUGCUUGCUUCAAGCGCGCUGUUGAGUUCGCCGCUUGCUGCUGCAGACAUAUAUUCUCAUGGAGAUCUUAUUGUCAAAGAUGUGCCUUCUAAUCUUCCGCUCACGGAUAUAUUUACUAAAAGUUUUUUUUAGUUUGCAAUUUUAUUUUUUUAAAAGACAACCUGCGCGUUGUAUCUCUCGCACAGUUUGAGGGGGUGUAAUAGGCUAAUAUAAUUAGGAAUCUACCUAAUAGAUAUUUAGGAAUCUGCCUAAUAUCUAUUUAGGAAUACUUUGUAUUUUGGCAACUCUUCUAUUAUAAAUAUAUGACUCCUAUCGGAGUACACCUUU